CUCGUUUCUAAAGCCAAUUUAUUCUUGCUUUUGUGUUUUUAUGCAAGAAAACUGGAGAACAAUAUAAGACUUCACACUACAAUACUUUGCUAACAGAAGAACUUACAGAUUCACCAAAGUAAAGAGCUAUGAAGAUUUCGACGCUGGACCGAAUAGUGGGAUUUAGUGUCAGGGCUGUGUGUGCGCUGGCGCUCGCCACAGCCGCUUGUUGCUUUGUCUCCGCUCCGAAGGCGAUGCUGAGCACCGAGUCGCUUUUUGGAGUCGACAGCGCGCCUCCAGGCGGUCUGGCUGAGAUCGACAGCGAGUGCUGGGACACGGCAUCGCACUCGUUAAUCGAGGCGCGGAAGAUGCGCUUAGACGACGGCGUGGCGGCCCUCUGGGAUUUCAUGGCGCGUCUGCGUGCAUCUCCUCAAACCCGGCACCAGGAGCUGUUCAUGAAGCUCGCGCAGGCGUUCUGGGGGCGCUACGUGGACUGUGUGCUGUCGCGCGCGCAUGGUCUGGGCAGGAGAAGGUCAGGUGUAUGAGGUGGAGACCAACUUUCAUUCUGAUUUCCAAUAUCUGUGCUUUAUGUCCCCAAAAACUUGGAUGGCUGGUUGUCUAUCUAUUUGUUUGUUUGUUUGUUUGUUUGUUUGUUUGUUUGUUUUACUUUUUCAACCCCACAAUCCUUGCUG